CCCCACUGCUCCAGAGGGGUGACAGUUCACAUCCUCGCCGCUGCACCACCCUACCUCUGACCUCUCCAAAGCCUGCUCCGCGCAUAUGGACAAAGCUCCGGCGUGAUCCCACCACCCUCACGCUUCCCUUCCCCUCCCCUCCCGCGCCGUCGCGAUGGCGGCCGCCACCUCCGCCGCUCCCGCGCUGCUCCUCGGCGCCCUCCUCCUCGUGGCGGCCGCGACCACCGCCGCUCUCACCGACGACGUGCUCGCGCUGGUGGUCUUCAAGACCGGCGUCGCGGACCCGCUGGGCCGCCUCGCCGCGUGGACGGAGGACGACGACCGCCCCUGCUCCUGGCCGGGCGUCGGCUGCGACGCGCGCACAGGCCGCGUGACCUCGCUCUCGCUCGCGGCCGAGUCGCUCUCGGGCCGCCUCCCCCGCGCGCUCCUCCGCCUCGACGCGCUCCUCACCCUCUCCCUCCCCGGCAACAACCUCUCUGGUCCCGUGCUCCCCUCCCUCCUCGGCUCCCUCACCCGCCUCCGCUCCCUCGACCUCUCCUCCAAUCGCCUCGCGGCGGCCGUGCCCGCCGACCUCUUCGCCCAAUGCCGUGAAAUCCGCAGCCUAUCCCUCGCCCACAACGAACUCUCCGGCUACAUUCCCACCGAUGUCGCGUCCUGCUCGUCGCUCGUCUCCCUCAACCUCUCCUCCAACCGCCUUGCGGGUCCCAUCCCUGAUGGUCUCUGGUCCUUGCCUUCGCUCCGCUCUCUGGACCUCUCCGGCAAUGCGCUGUCCGGCAGUGUUCCUGGUGGAUUCCCCCGCAGCAGCUCGUUGCGGGCGGUGGAUUUGAGCCAUAACCUCUUUGCUGGGGAAAUUCCGGCUGAUAUCGGGGAGGCGGCGCUGCUCAAGUCGCUGGAUCUAGGGCGUAAUUUUUUCACUGGCGGUUUGCCGGAUUCUCUUCGGAGGCUGUCCGGGCUACGGUUCCUUGGGGUCGGCAGCAAUGCGCUCGUUGGGGAGGUGCCUGCCUGGAUCGGGGAGAUGUGGGCGCUUGAGCGGCUUGACUUGUCGGGCAAUCGCUUCACGGGCGCCAUCCCCGACGACAUCGCCAACUGCAAGAACAUGGUGGAGGCCGACCUCAGCCGGAACGCGCUCACCGGGGAGCUCCCCUGGUGGGUGUUCGGCCUGCCUCUGCAGAGCGUCUCGGUUGCCGGCAACAAGCUCUACGGGUGGGUCAAGGUCCCUGGAGAUGCUGCGUUGUCGUUGCGUUCGCUGGACCUGUCGAGCAACGGGUUUUCUGGCGGGAUCCCGCCGCAGAUUCCUACCUUUGCGAGUUUGCAGUCUCUGAACCUGUCAUCGAAUUCCAUAUCGGGGCAGAUGCCUGCCGGCAUUGGCGGGAUGAGACUGCUGGAGGUGCUGGAUGCGAGCGCUAACCACCUCAAUGGAAGCAUGCCACCGGAGAUUGGCGGCGCCGUGGCGCUCCGGGAGCUGCGGAUGGGGAGGAAUUCGCUCACCGGCCGCAUCCCUGCACAAAUUGGGAGCUGCAGGUCCCUCGUUGCAUUGGAUUUUUCGCACAACGAAUUCACAGGAUCGAUUCCUAGCGCCCUGGGCAACCUCACCAGUCUCCAGGUGGUUAAUCUCUCCCAGAACAAGCUGAAUGGGACCCUGCCAGUGGAGCUAUCCAAUCUGCCCAGCUUGCACAUCUUUGACGUCUCCCACAACUCACUAUCAGGUGGUCUGCCAAAGAGCAGAUUCUUCGACAACAUCCCUGCCUACUUCCUAUCUGAUAAUUCUGGACUAUGCAGUUCUCGAAAGAAUAAUUCCUGCAGUACGGUCAUGCCAAAGCCGAUUGUUCUGAACCCUAAUUCCUCGCUGAACCCCUUGUCUCAAGCCACCCCAAGUUCCCCUAGCAGCAUGCACCACAAGAAAAUCAUACUGAGUGUCUCCACCCUCAUUGCCAUUGCUGGUGGUGCUGCCAUUGCUAUUGGAGUUAUCACUGUAACUGUGCUCAACCGUCGUGUCCGUGCAGCUGCCUCCCGCUCAAAGCCUGCUAUCGCACUAUCUGACGAUUACCUUAGCCAAUCCCCGGAGAAUGAUGCUAGCUCCGGGAAGCUUGUCAUGUUUGGUAAAGGUAGCCCAGAGUUCAGUGCCGGUGGGCAUGCGUUGUUGAAUAAGGAUUGUGAGCUUGGGCGAGGAGGCUUUGGUGCAGUGUACAAGACAGUUCUCAGAGACGGCCAGCCGGUAGCCAUCAAGAAACUCACUGUGUCUAGCUUGGUCAAGUCAAGGGAUGACUUUGAGCGACAGGUGAAGUUGCUUAGCAAGGUGCGACACCACAAUAUUGUCACAUUGAGAGGCUUUUACUGGACUUCGUCACUGCAGCUCCUCAUAUAUGAUUACCUGCCUGGAGGAAAUUUGCAUAAACACUUGCAUGAGUGCACGGAAGAGAACUCACUUUCCUGGAUGGAGAGGUUUGACAUUAUCAUCGGAGUUGCUAGGGGACUGAUGCAUCUCCACCAGCAUGGGGUCGUCCAUUACAAUCUAAAAUCGAGCAAUGUGCUGCUGGACAGCAACGGUGAACCUAGGGUCGGUGACUAUGGUCUUGCAAAGCUGCUGCCAAUGCUAGACCGGUAUGUCCUUAGCAGUAAGAUCCAGAGUGCACUUGGUUACAUGGCACCAGAAUUUACAUGCAAGACAGUGAAGAUCACUGAGAAGUGCGACGUCUAUGGCUUUGGGGUGCUUGCACUGGAGAUCUUGACAGGCAGAAGGCCCGUUGAGUACUUGGAAGAUGAUGUUGUCGUGCUAUGUGAUGUGGUGAGAAGUGCGCUGGAGGAAGACAGGCUGGAGGACUGCAUGGAUCAGCGGCUGUGUGGUGAAUUUCCGAUGGAAGAGGCCAUCCCGAUCAUCAAGCUGGGGCUGGUUUGCACCUCGCAGGUGCCAUCAAACCGGCCAGACAUGGGCGAGGUGGUGAGUAUACUUGAGCUGGUGAGGAAUCCUCAGGAGAGUCCAGGGGAUGAGCUGGUCUAAGGUCUCUUUUAGAACUCUGUUCUUUGUGGUCCUGAGGUUUCUUUUUUCUUUCGUUUUGUGAGAUGCAUAUAUGAUGCCCAGUGGGGGAGGAACAGAGGAACCAAAGAGUGGGAUGGAUCAUGAAAUGCUUGUAGUUUGUAGUUUGUCUGAAAUUUUAGUGGGAUGCAAGGCUGUUUGUUGCUUGGCUGUGAUUAUUUGGUCCGUUCCUUGGAAGAAACUGUAGCUCAUCUGCUCUUGUGGCCAUCCAUGUGGGUACCGCCUCAAUAUCGCAUGGCCACCCUGUUUUGAUGUCAUCUUUGCACAACUAAAUUACUGAUGUUGUUCUUAGCUAGUUCUGCUGAUAAAUGUGAAUUUGAUUUACAGAUUGCUACUGCUACAUUCCUGAA